AUGGAUGACUUUACUACUUAUGGGACUACAUUUGAGGAGGCAUUACAAAAUCUAACCAAAGUAUUGGAGUGGUGUGAAGAUCAUAAUUUAUCCCUAAACAGUGAAAAAUGUUUUAUGAUGAUUCAAGAAGGAAUAGUGUUGGCGCAUAUAAUUUCUCGAACAGGUCUUCAAGUAGAUCCAGCUAAAAUUGAAGUAAUACUUGCUCAUCCUACCCCUGUUAAACAAAAGGAUGUAACAAGUUUUCUAGGCCAUGCAGGGUACUAUAAGAGAUUUUUCAAGGAUUUUAGUCAAAAAGUAGGGCCAUUAUAUUCUUUAUUGACAAAGGAAGCUGAGUUUGAAUGGACAGUUGCAUGUGAAAAAUCAUUUUCUCAACUAAAAGAAACCUUAACCCAGGCCCUUGUGCUUAAAAGACCUGAUUGGUCAAUUCCUUUUCACAUUCAUACAGAUACAUCCAAUUUUGCAAUAGGAGCAGUUCUGGGACAAAAGCAAGGAGUUUUAGAAAAUGCAAUUUAUUACAUCAGUAAAAAUUUGCAAGGACAAGAACUGAAUUACACUGGGGGCCGAAUGAAACCAUGGUGGAGUGACAGUCAUGGCAAUAUGGUGGGGGUUUGGGGAAGGGGAAGUGCCAAGGGCAGCAGCAACGGGCAUCCCCGGGGGCGUCGAUCACUGUGGGUUUCCACAGUGGCGGUGAUCAAUGUGGCCACCCAUAGUGGCGGCCCUCAGGCUGUCCACUAUGGGAAGCCAUAG